GAGGGAGUUUCAAUUCUGUUAGAAAAUCAGAGAGAUUUGAGUUUGUUUACUUUUUGUUUUGUUCUUUUCUUAAUUGUAAUUGUUUCAAUUUGUUUGUUUUUCUGUUAAAAUUUAGCAAUUUAAGAUGUCGGUUUUAGCUCUGGUCAUAGUUAAUUCAGAUAAUUAUCCAGUUUUCAUCAAAACUCUACAUGAUUAUGAUGUGAGUAAAAUGUCCGCCGAGGAGAGUAUGAAUAUCCUUUACAAUAUGAAUGCCACAUUGGAUAUAAUUGAAGAGAGACAAAGUCAAAUGCAAAACCGUGAUCCAUAUUUAGGCCUUCUCAAUCAAUGUGAGAAUUACAAAAUUUUUGGACUUCUUUCUGCUACUCGGAUAAAGAUUCUGUUGAUGGUUUCAACAAACGUCAGUGUCAUGUUUAGAGAUACCGAGGCCAGAAGUACACUUAAGAAUCUCUAUUCAUCUUAUAUCGAUGUUACAACUUACAAUCCUUUCUAUUCCCCUGGAAGUGAAAUCCAAUCAAAGAAAUUAGAAGAACUAGUCAAGAGCAUCUUUGGUUUGACCACAGAAUAUAACAAUUGAUUGUUGGCUUUGAAAUCUCUAUUUUAACACCAAACUGUAAAUACUAAUUUGAAUAUAAGAAAAAUAUUUUUCAAGUGUAAAUCUAAACAAUAACCGAUGUCAAUUGCAUGGUGGAAAUGAACAAUUAACCUCAAGUCACCAAGAUGAUUGACAAAAAACAAAAUGGAGAGACCGGAAAAUCAAUUGUUACCAUCAUCAUAAUCAAAUUCACUGAUUAUACUGGAGAUUACAUUUUUAAUUUCAUCUACAAGUGAAAGAUAUAUGGGUUUUUUCACAAUCAGAUUUUUGGGCUAACGAUAUACAAUCAAUUAAAACCGUGAAGGUAACAAGAUAAUUACUUUAAGGAUUGAUAAAAAUGAAGGAAUCAUAGACAAAGUUGAUGAUCAAGACAGAGGGAAAAAAACAAUUGAUAAUCUCCAUAAGGGUUAUUUAAAUUAACUGUUCCAAUUGAACAAUUAAUUGGUAUAAAUACACCAAUCAAAAUGAACUUCUAUCAUCACAAUCAAGUGUAACUUACCUCAGUGAACAUCAUUCACCAAUCGACAAACAAUUAACUAACAACAACAAUGAAAUUCGUUACAAUUCUUGUCUUUUCUCUUCUCCUUUGUGGUCUUGCUUUCUCUCAAAGUAUCGAUCCAUCCAACAUCACCCCUGGAACUGAUAUAACCUCAGAAGGAUAUGAUUUCUCCGCACUCACCCCCCUGGUUAAAGGUCUAAUUGAUGGUUUUCGAAUGAUGAUGCUCCAAGUUCGUUUCGUUCGAAUGUUAUUUGAAAAUCUUGGCGUUGAAAUGGGAAGAAUCGCUCGAAACACAACCACUAUGCCUUCCUCAGGGCCACCCUAUCCACUCCCAUCGAAAUAUGGUUUAUUCAGUCGAGAGGAAACCGAAUCUUCAUCAUCCGAACCCAGUCAACCCAGUCAACCUUCAAUCGGUGAAAACAUUUUCGGUACUCGAUUCCAACAGAUUUUUGACCGAUGGGGUGAAAAUACCGCUGUCGCUUUCCGAGGUCUUCUCAGUGAGGUUGCCCAUGUUUACCAAGACGCUGUUACCACUAUGGUUAAACAAGGUGAAGUCUCCAGGAAUCAAGUUGUCGCUGGUUACAAUACCAUCCGAACUGCCAUGACUUCAAUUUCCAAGAUGAUUCAAGAAAAUUUUCCCACUGCAACUUCCGUUGCUUCAUCAAUUUCCAACAUUUCUUCAGCAAUUAACCAAAAUGUAACCAACAUCUUAUCCGGAAUGGUUCCCGAUGGAUUACCAACCGGAUUACCCAUCACUUUACCCACUGGAUUACCAAGUAUUCCCAGUAUUCCCGGUCUUCCAGGACUCCCAAGUUUACCCAAUCUUCAAGAUCUUAUUCCAACCACCCCACAAACUGGAUCAUCUCAACCAUCAAAGAAAAAGCAUUAACUAAUUAAUCAAUUAUCUAAUUAACUUUCAGAGUAAAAAAACAAUUUAUCAACAUAUCUUUGUUUCAGUAUCAAUGAUUGACAACAAUUAAUAAUAAUAUCAUCUGAUUGCUUACGGACAAACAAAAUCAAUUUCAAUGUAAACAUCAAUUUCUGGUUAAAAUUAAAAAAACUAAUUCACAAUUUAAAGUAAA